AUGAUUCAAUUAAAGACGAUGCUCAACUGCAUCGACAACUCGGGCGCUGCCCUUGUCGAAUGCGCCCUCGUCGUCGGCCAAAAGCGACACGCCAGAAUAGGUGACCGCAUCGUCGUCGUCGUCCAGGAACAGCGCGGCUCCUCCUCCUCCGGCAUGGCCGGCAUCUCUGCCGCCGCCAAAGUCAAGCGCGGCGACAUCCGCCACGCCGUCGUCGUCCGCACCAGGUACCCCACGCAGCGCCGCGACGGCACCGUCGUGCGCUUCGACGACAACGCCUGCGUCCUGCUCAACAAGUCGGGCGACCCCGUCGGCACCCGCAUCAACGGCGCCGUGGGCGCUGAGCUGAAGCGCAAGAAGUGGAGCAAGAUUCUGUCCAUGGCACCCAUGCAGGCAUAA